AUGCAUCUCGGACGGGUGACCCUCAUGAAUCUGAACAACACUCGAUUCGCGGGCUCUGAUAUUGUGAUCUUCAAUCGACCAACCCGAGUAGACAGCGAGCAAAUGGUUCCACUUUUCAGGCAACUGGCCGCCAUGAACGACAUAAAUGUGGUUCUCAACGGACCUGUAAGAACGAUGAAUAGAACUCGAACUGAAAAGGAGCAACUAAUCGAAUCGGAGUGGGCCAAUGAACUGGAGAGUGGAUCGGUCUAUAUGGCACACUCCAAUUGGUUGGACUUCAAAAGCUUCGGAUUCAAGAAACCCAUCUAUAUUUCGCUCGUCAAGGAUCCGAUAGACCGGAUGAUCACAGAUUUCUAUAAGCGAAGGUCUUGGGUGAAGAGAGCUAUAUAUAGGCGCAUGUAUCCUGGCCGUCGGGAGCGACCCGACGAGUGGUACCAACAGAGUUUCAAUGAGUGUGUGAGAAGUAGAAGUCCUGAGUGUGUCUUCGUCCAGCAUGCCGUUGCAGAUCCUAUUCAGGACUUUAGAAGGCAGUCCCUUUACUUUUGCGGCAAUGAAGCCGAUUGCCUACCCUUUAAUUCCCACCUUGCUAUGCAAGUAGCGAAACGAAGAGUGGAGAAAGAAUAUUCCGUGGUGGGCACAUGGGAAGAGAGGAAUAUAACCCUUACUGUGCUGGAGAAAUACGUUCCCCGAUUCUUCAAUCACGCCCGAUUUCUAUAUAAGUUGCACAGCAAAAGCAUUCGCAAUCGGAAUCGCAAUAAUCGCAAGCCCCGCAUAGAUGCAGAUGUCAGGGAGAUGGUAAGACGGAACUUUACCAACGAAUAUGAGUUCUACUACUUCUGCAAGCAGCGUUUGUAUAAGCAAUAUUUGGCCCUUCAACUCGAGAAUAAUCUUCACUAA